AUGACAAAACUAGCCAGCACACGACGUGCUCGUAAUCAAGCUGCAUCUCUGACCAUUCCGCGCCAAAACUCUGUCUCCGAAAAUGGAAAGGUACGCCAGACCCUCAGCCCAGAAGCGCUGGCUUCAAUGAGUAAAGAGCAAUUGAGAGCGGAAUGCAGGAAACGUGGCCAACGGACAUCGGGCAACAAAAAUGAGCUGGUACAUUACUAG